CCCCGCCUCACAAGGAGGCCCCCUCGCCCAUGGCCAGCGGCAGCCCCGCCAGGAUGUCCAACGCCGCCGGGCAGCCGCCCUUCCUGCAGCCGGCGUGCUUCUUCGCCGCGGCGGUGGCCGCCGCAGCCGCAGCCGCCCCUCCGGGGCCGCCCCCGGGGGCGCCGCCGCCGCAGCUCAGCCCGGCGGGCGGGCAGCCCUCCCCGGGCGGCAAGCCGUCGGCGCCGCGGGCGGCCAAGCGGCAGCGCUCGGCCUCGCCGGAGCUGAUGCGCUGCAAGAGGAGGCUCAACUUCAGCGGGUUCGGGUACAGCCUGCCUCAGCAGCAGCCGGCGGCCGUGGCGCGGCGCAACGAGCGGGAGCGCAACCGGGUGAAGCUGGUGAACCUGGGCUUCGCCACGCUGCGGGAGCACGUCCCCAACGGCGCUGCCAACAAGAAGAUGAGCAAGGUGGAGACGCUCCGCUCCGCCGUCGAGUACAUCCGCGCCCUGCAGCAGCUGCUCGACGAGCAUGACGCCGUCAGCGCCGCCUUCCAGGCAGGCGUCCUCUCGCCCACCAUCUCGCCCAGCUACUCCCACGACAUGAACUCCAUGGCGGGCUCCCCCGUCUCCUCCUACUCCUCCGACGAGGGCUCCUACGACCCGCUCAGCCCCGAGGAGCAGGAGCUUCUCGACUUCACAAGCUGGUUCUGAACACCGGCCGCCCUCUCGCAGGACAGUUGCAAAAGGGAAAA